GCUGGGAUUACAGAUGUGAGCCACUGCACCUGGCCCCUAGAAUUGUUUUUAGAGGUGAAACUUCAAGGUGAAAUAUAGUACAUAACUGCUUUUCAGAUAAACAAGUCCAGAGAGCACAUUCUCUUGGGUUCUCUUGAUGUGAGCUAAGCUACUGCUAGCACUUGGCAUCACUUCAAAAACCUGAGGUGUUUCCAACACCUUAGGACACGUGAACAAGGCCUGCUUCCAAAGCUGGCUUCUAUCUGGUAGUCCCAUUAACACCGGGGCACACCUCUUCCCUGGAGCUCUGUGUACAGAGUACCUCCUCCCUAGGACUAUACAAGGACUGAACCAGAAGGAAGAGGACAGGGCAGAGCCAUGAACAUCAUCCUGGAAAUCCUUCUGCUUCUGAUCACCAUCAUCUACUCCUACUUGGAGUCGUUGGUAAAGUUUUUCAUUCCUCGGAGGAGAAAAUCUGUGGCUGGGGAGAUUGUUUUCAUUACUGGAGCUGGGCACGGAAUAGGCAGGCAGACUGCCUAUGAAUUUGCAAAACGACAGAGCAUACUGGUUCUGUGGGAUAUUAAUAAGCGUGGUGUGGAGGAAACUGCAGCUGAGUGCCGAAAACUAGGCGUCACUGCGCAUGCGUAUGUGGUAGACUGCAGCAACAGAGAAGAAAUCUAUCGCUCUCUAAAUCAGGUGAAGAAAGAAGUAGGUGAUGUGACAAUCGUGGUGAAUAAUGCUGGGACAGUAUAUCCAGCCGAUCUUCGCAGCACCAAGGAUGAAGAGAUUACCAAGACAUUUGAGGUCAACAUCCUAGGACAUUUUUGGAUCACAAAAGCACUUCUUCCAUCGAUGAUAGAGAGAAAUCAUGGCCACAUCAUCACGGUGGCUUCAGUGUGUGGCCAUGAAGUGAUUCCUUACCUCAUACCAUAUUGUUCCAGCAAAUUUGCUGCUGUUGGCUUUCACAGAGGUCUGACAUCAGAACUUCAAGCUUUGGGAAAAACUGGUAUCAAAACCUCAUGUCUCUGCCCAGUUUUUGUGAAUACUGGGUUCACCAAAAAUCCAAGCACAAGAUUAUGGCCUGUAUUGGAGACAGAUGAAGUUGUAAGAAGUCUGAUAGAUGGAAUACUUACCAAUAAGAAAAUGAUUUUUGUUCCAUCAUAUAUCAAUAUCUUUCUGAUACUAAAGAAGUUUCUUCCUGAACGCGCCUCAGCAUUUUUAAAUCGUAUGCAGAAUAUUCAAUUUGAAGCAGUGGUUGGCAACAAAAUCAAAAUGAAAUGAAUAAAUAAGCUCCAGCCAGUGUUGUAUGCAUGAUAAUGAUAUGAAUAGUUUAGAAUCAAUGCUGCAAAGCUUUAUUUCACAUUUUUUCAGUCCUGUUAAUAUGAAAAACAUUGGUUUGGCACUAACAGCAGAGAAAUGAUCAAGAUUAAUUACCUGUCUUCCUGUUUCUCAAGAAUAUUAAUGUAGUUUUUAAUAGGUCUGUUUUUCCUUUCAUGCCUCUUAAAAACUUCUGUGCUUACAUAAGCAUACUUAAAAGGGUUUCUUUAAGAUAUUUUAUUUUUCCAUUUAAAGGUGGACAAAAGCUACCUCCCUAAGAGUAAAUACAAAGAUAACUUAUUUACACAGGGAAGGUUCAAAACUGUUCAAGUAGCAUUCCAAUCUGUAGCCACGCCACGGAAUAUCAACAAGAACACCGAAUGAGUGCACAGCUAAGAGAACAAGCUUCAGCAGGCAGCUUUAUCUCCACCUGGACAGACUUUAAGAUUCAGCAUUUAAAAGAUUUCCCUAGCCUCUUCCUUUUUCAUCAGCCUGAAAUGGUGCAACUCUAUUCUGGACUUUAUUACUUGAUUCUGUCUUCUGUAUAACUCUUAAGUCCACCAAAAGUGGACCCUCUAUAUUUCCUCCCUUUUUAUAAUCUUAUAAGAUACAUUAUGAAAGGUGACCGACUGUAUUUUAAAUCUGAGAAUUUUAAGUUCUAGUCCCAUGAUAACCUCUUUCUUUGUAGUUUAUGCUUACAUAUAUCCUUGGUCCCAGAGCUGUUUAGACAAUUUUAGGCUCAAAAAUUAAAGCUAACACAGGAAAAGGAACUGUACUGGCUCUUACAUACCUAACAAUGGAUCCAAGAGAAGGAAGGGAAGAAAGAAAGGUUUUUUUGUUUUUUGUUGUUUUUUGUUUU